AAGUGUAUAAACAUGAUUAAUAUAAAUAAUUUUACGUGUAACUUAUUUUUCAAUUGGUCUUAUUAUUGUUGUAUUCAAUGUUAUCUUAUUGUUAGAUGACCACGUUUAACGUACUUAAACGUAUAAUCCUAAGACAGCAUAUAACACAUGUAUUUAUGACAGUGGUGAAUUUUCUGUUGCAGCCUUCUGCCACAUCGACGUAAUUCGAAUAUACUCAUCACUUGGGUGUGCACGGGGAGGACAAACAAUGGAAGUAUUAAAGCUUGAAGUUAAGAAGUACGGACGUAAUGAAGCGAUCAAUCGACAAGAGGUCGAUGCACCAGCAAUGUGUAAUUGGAUUGACUUGGACCGAUCUUUGCCGGAGGAUGUCGACCAGGAUGCGACCAGCAUCACACGCGGCAACGGCAAAGAAUCGAUCAACAUAAUCUUCGAGAACAUCACAUAUACUGUGAACCUCGGCUUCAGGAAAGGAAAAAAAGAGAUUUUACACGGAAUUAAUAGAAGGCUUCCCAGCAAACAGUUGAUCGCUCUGAUGGGUCCAUCUGGUACAGGGAAGUCCACGUUAUUCGAUGUACUCUCUGGCUUCCGCGUAACCGGAGUGGAUGAUACUAUAUUUGUCAACGGUCAUGUCCGGGAUCUCAACUCUUUCCGGAAGUACACUGCCUACGUUACACAGGAGGAUCGGUUGGAAUCUUUACUCACUGUACUCGAAUAUAUGAAGAUCGCCGCCGAUUUAAAGCUGUCGGCGGAUACCCCACAAAAUAAAAAAGAAACGACUAUUAAAGAAAUUCUUACGGCACUUGGUUUGUACGAGCACUUGCACACGAGAGCCGGCCAAUUAAGUGGCGGUCAAAAAAGGCGACUGUCCAUCGCAUUAGAAUUGGUUAAUAAUCCCAUGGUGAUGUUUCUUGAUGAGCCCACAACAGGUCUGGAUAGCUCAUCUUGCACGAACAUCGUAAAUCUCCUAAAGCGGCUCGCACAAGAGGGUAAAACAAUAAUUUGUACUAUACAUCAGCCUAGUGCGUCCCUAUUCGAAUUGUUCGACCAGGUAUACGUGUUGGCAAAAGGCAGUUGCUUGUACCAAGGUGCAACGAACAAAUUAGUGCCAUAUCUUGAAGAUAUGCGAAUGCCAUGCCCGAUGUAUCACAAUCCUGCCGAUUACAUAAUCGAGCUUGCCUGUGGAGACCACGGUGAGGAUAAAAUAGAUAUACUAAAAACUGGAUCGCAAAAUGGAUCGAAAAAUUUUCAAUCGUUCGAUAAUCCUGAAGCUCCGAGAGAUGAUGAAAGUUUAACAGAGCUGUAUUCCUUGAAAAACUCACAUAUGAAAAAGAAUGGUGACUUACACGCAACGAAUUUUCUUCAUCAAAUCAAAGUUUUACUUCGACGUAGAUUCAUCAUGUCCAAACAAAACACGACUCUUACGCAUAUGCGCAUCGGAGUAAACAUACUUGUCGGUUUGAUGCUUGGAUCGGUCUUCUGGCAAUCGGGCGCUGAUGGCUCACGCGUUCUAAAUAACUACAAACUUCUCUUUUCUAUCCUCAUACAUCACAUGAUGACGACGAUGAUGCUUACCAUAAUAACCUUUCCAAUGCAGAUAGCUAUUCUUCUAAAGGAGCAUUUUAAUAGAUGGUACAGCUUGAAGGCAUUCUACAUGGCAAUGACACUGAUUGACAUGCCAAUCUCGAUACUAUGCUGCACCUUAUUUAGUGUAAUUGUCUAUGGCAUGUCGGCGCAACCGUUGGAAAUAAUACGAUUCUUCAUGUUCUUCAUCAUUAGCUUGUUGAUAAUGUUCAUAGGACAAAGUACCGGCUUUAUGAUAGGCGCUGUAUUCAACGUUGUGAAUGGUACAUUUAUUGGACCAACAUUGGCAGUACCACUAAUGAUGUUCUCUGGAUUUGGAAUAUCGUUACGCGAUCUACCGUCUUAUCUAAAAUGGGGAAGCUACGUCAGUUAUCUACGAUAUGGUCUGGAAGGCUUUAUUGAUGCAAUCUACGGAUUGAACCGCCCUGUUCUACCGUGUGAAGAACUUUACUGCCAUUAUAGGUAUCCUACCAAAUUUCUCUCGGAUAUUGACAUGAAGGAAGGCCAAUUUUGGAACGACGUCAUGGCGCUCACUGCAAUACUCAUCAUCACGCGAUGCUGCACAUAUUUGCUUCUGCGGUGGAAGAUUGUAUGGACGCGAUAAAACUAAUACGAGCACAGUAUCGAAAAUACUGCCAGUUUAUUACCAGCAGUGCGCAAGUCUAAAUUUGUUAUGUAUUUCCUUGUAAGAACUAAAUUAUACUUAUAUAUCUGUAUAUAUAAGUAUAUAUUAAAUAUGUAUUAAGCAUAUAGUAAAUAUAUUAUAUAUCUUAUAUAUCUUAAGUAUAGAAUUUUCGAUUGCUGCUAAUGAACUGGCAAUAUUUUCAUUAGAUUUGUGAAUGUAUUAGAUUAUUACAUAAAUGUAUAAUACAUUUUAUAAUUUUAUACGUAGACAUAUAUGCAUAAUAAAUUUUAUACAUCUUUAUCCUGUAACCUGGCAAUAUCUUACAUAUAUUAUAUUUGAAAUACAGAAAUAUUUCAAUUACAAAAAGUAAAAA